CAGCAAGCGACAUUUGUGUCUAUAUAUAAUUUUUAAACACAGGAAUAAGGAACCUCUCUCUCUCUCUCUCUUUCUAUUGCUUUCUCUUUCGCUCGUCCAUGUGAACUCGGCGUUUGAGAGUAAUUCCAUCGAGCUUCCGGCGGUCUCUCGGGGAGUUCGAACUGCUAGGGUUUGUUGUUUAGCCAUCAAGCGCCUGCAGGUAUGGUGUAUUUGGUUGUGGAUGUAGAUUGGACAAAGAUGGCGGUUACUUAACACUGCUAAUGCACAGACAAAAGGAAUAACAUUUAACAGAAUUUGUGUGCUGCACCUUUGAGCUGCCCAGGAAAUUUAAGCAGAUGAAAGGGCCCUGGAGAAUAUGGGAUCAACUGUAUAGUCGAAGUUAUGUGAAUGUUAUUUUUGGUGAAAAUUGAUACCCUUUCUUUCAGCAGGAUGGCAACAGAGAGCCCUAUGAGAUUGGUUGAAAGCACUGGAGCUAGAUUUGCACCACCACUUAAUAAUGUUGCAGCAGAUGAGUUGGGAUUGCUCCUGAAGGGGCAUGGACUUAAUGGAGAUCAGAGAAACAUGGUCCCCAACCGAAGUGGUAGUGCACCUCCGAGUGUAGAAGGGUCUUUUGCAGCUUUUGGGAACCUAAUGGCUCGACAGAGCUCUAGUCUGAAUGCGAGCUUGGCCACUUUUAGCAGUUCAAUAGGAAAUUGUAAAUCUGAGGAGCAGCUUCGUGCUGAUCCAUCAUAUGCUGCCUAUUAUUAUUCAAAUGUUAACUUGAAUCCAAGGCUUCCUCCACCUAUACUCUCAAAGGAGAAUCGACAACUAGUAAGUCAAUUUGGCAGCCUUGGCAGUAAAAGUAGAUUGACCUCUUUCGAUGACAGUGGGAAUGGGUCCCUUUACUUUGCUAGGGGUUCCCUUUCUACUCAUAAUGAGGAGCCUGAGGAUGAUAGGCCAUCUUGUCAAACUUCAGAUAGUUAUUCAAAAAGUAGUAAUGCAUUCAUGCCUGGAUAUGAUGCAGCUUUGGCUGCUCAUCAUAAAAGCUUGGUCGAUCUUAUACAGGAAGACUUUCCCCGCACCCCAUCACCUAUGUACAAUCAGUCUCGUUCAUCAGGCCAUGCUACAGAGGAUCCCAUUGAUCAUGAUGUUCAAGCCAUUUCCUUAGAUAAUCUCUCUCUCAAAGUUUCAACAUUCUCAGAUUCAAAAUCAGAUUCUGCUAAUGUUUCUGCGGGUAUGGGUGUUGAAGGUUUGAGUGCUCGAGAAUUAACAUCCAAUGAUAAUCCUUCAAUCUUGCCGAAAAGGUCAUAUUCUGACACAACUAAAGUUUCACCUUCACCACAAAAUGUUGAACUAAUCAGUGAGGAUACUGGUUCUGGAGAUAAGGUAAUAGUCAAUGGCGCACCUAGGUCAGAUCUUUUCCCUCAACAUCAAUCUCAUGAGAAUAAUCUGGAUCAGCAACUGCCUUUUCCCCAACAAGGCCUUACUUAUCAAGUCCAUGGAACCCAGGCCCAAGUAAUUUCUCAAGGUCUUAACCUUCCAUAUGGUGGCAUGGAAAAGGUGUCUCAUGGCCGCACAAAGGUUUCCUCGGCAGAGUUACAAGUUUUUCAACCUCCUGGACCCAGACCUCCUUUAUAUGCAACAACAGCAGCCUACAUGACUUCAGGAAAUCCAUUUUAUCCUGGCUUACAUCCACCUGGCCUAUAUGCUCCACAGUACAGUGUGGGUGGGUAUGCUAUGGGUUCUGCAUUCCUUCCACCAUUUGUGGCUGGAUAUCCAUCUCAGACUGGUAUACCUAUGCAGUAUGAUUCCUCUUCUGUUCAAAGCUUUAAUGGUCAAACUGCUGGUCCUUCAACAGGGGAGGGUAUUCCACCAACAGGUGACAUGCAACAUAUAAACAAGUUCUUUAGGCAGCAAGGGUUCAUGAUGCAACCUUCUUUUCUUGACCCCUUCCAGAUGCAAUACUUUCAGCAUCCGGCUGAGGAUGCAUAUGGUGCUUCCAGUCAAUAUGGUUGGUUCCCAUCAAUGAGUGUACUCGGGGGACAACAGGUUGAUGCAUAUUCUUCCCAAAAGGAGCCAAGUAUUGCUGGUUAUAGAGCUGAUCAGACCUUUCAUUCUCCAUCAAAUGGAAGUCUAAGCAUUCCAAGUCCAAGAAAAGGGGGGAUUGGUGCUAGUGGUUACUAUGGUAGCCCACCAACUGUAAAUGUCAUGACACAGUUUCCAGCCUCACCUCUGGGUAGUCCAUUACUGCCAGGAUCUCCGGUGGCAGGAGCAAGUCAUUCAGGGAGGAGAACUGAUUUUAGAUUUUCUCAAGGUUCUAGUAGAAAUGCAGGAGUAUACUCUGGAUGGCCAGGAGAAAGAGGAGGCAACACUUUCAGUGACCCUAAGAAACAUUCUUUUCUGGAGGAACUAAAAUCCAGUAAUGCUAGAAAAAUUGAUCUCUCUGAUAUUGCUGGGCGUGUUGUGGAAUUGAGUGUUGAUCAGCAUGGGAGUCGGUUUAUUCAGCAGAAGUUAGAAAGUUGUGGGGUUGAUGAGAAGGAAUCUGUUUUCAAGGAAGUUCUUCCUCAUGCUUCGAAGUUAAUAACAGAUGUUUUUGGGAACUACGUCAUUCAGAAGUUUUUUGAGCAUGGAAGUCGUGAACAAAGGAAGGAACUUGCCGAUCAACUUUCAGGACAGAUGCUACCUUUAAGUUUGCAGAUGUAUGGCUGUCGUGUGAUACAGAAGGCCCUUGAGGUUAUUGAGCCUGACCAGAAAAUACAACUUGUGCAUGAACUUGAUGGGAAUGUCAUGAAAUGUGUGCGAGAUCAAAAUGGAAAUCAUGUGAUACAGAAAUGUAUUGAAUGCAUUUCUACAGACAAAAUUGGUUUUAUUAUCUCUUCUUUUAAGGGCCAAGUUGCCACACUUUCUACUCAUCCUUAUGGGUGCCGUGUUAUUCAGAGAGUAUUGGAGCAUUCUUCAGAUGGAUUGCAAAGUCAGUGCAUAGUUGAUGAAAUCUUGGAAUCUACUUGUAAUCUUGCUCAAGAUCAAUAUGGAAAUUAUGUCAUCCAGCAUGUUUUGGAAAGAGGAAAGCCUUAUGAAAGAAGCCAAAUCAUCAGCAAAUUGAGUGGGGAAAUUGUCCAAAUGAGUCAACAUAAAUAUGCAUCAAAUGUUGUUGAGAAGUGUUUGGAACAUGGUGAUGUGGCUGAGCGGGACCUCCUAAUUGAUGAGAUCCUUGGGCAGUCUGAGGAAAAUGAUAAUUUACUGAUAAUGAUGAAAGACCAGUUUGCAAAUUAUGUGGUCCAAAAGAUCCUUGAAACAAGCAAUGAUAAGCAAAGGGAAGUUUUGCUGAAUCAGAUCAGAAUACACCUUCAUUCUUUGAAGAAAUACACUUAUGGAAAACAUAUCGUUGCUCGCUUUGAGCAAUUAGCUGGUGAAGAAAGCGAAGCAGCAGAACAAUAGAUUCAAUAGGGGCCUCGAUGUCAGAAUGGGAUUAGUAUGGGCUGCCGUUUGUUCCUGGGGAGUGGCUAAAAACAAAAAAAGAAAGAAAGGAAGAAAAAUCUGUAUGGCAAGAAGUCCACAGCAGAAGCAAAGAAAAGAUGUUAUGGGGACAGCUUGAACCAUUCUUUCCCGAACAUUAAUCAAUCUGCACAGCAUCUCGUGGUAGUAGUUUGGCAACCGGAUGGUACUUCGCAAGUGUUUGUAGUGUAUUAUAUUUAUAUAUAUAUAUAAUAAACUCUUUCCUGUAUUUAUUUGGGUGUGUAUAGGAAUAAGUAAGUAUUGGUGAUUGCCUGAAAAGAACUAGCGUUGCUUAUGGUUGCUAAAGUAAAGUUGAAUAGAAUUUGCUUGCUUUUUCAA